CGUUUCAUCACCAUUUUCUCAAACAUGGCUGAAAGAGGUAGCUCUUCCGUUUCAAAUUCAAGUUUGUCUGGGUCUUCAAGUCGAAUUGAUAGUGUCCAAGUUGAAGGGCUGUAAACUACCAAAUGGAGAUGAUGCGUCGUUUGCGAGCUGUAAACGUGGACCAUUUGCAUGUGGGAUGGUAUCAAUCGACAUACCUUGGAUCAUUUAUCAACAGAAAUCUACUUGACUCCCAGUUCAGUUAUCAGAGUUCAAUUGAAGAAUCUGUUGUACUUAUCUAUGAUCCACUCAAGACUUCACAAGGAAUGCUGUCUCUCAAAGUAUUCCGUUUGUCUGACAAAAUGAUGACAAUGUACAAAGAUGAAGAAUUUAGUGCUGAAAAGCUUGCAAAGAGUGGUCUUAGUUUUGAAGCCAUGUUUGAAGAGAUUCCUCUGGUGAUAAGGAAUUCUUCCCUCGUCAAUUCUCUGUUGUGUGAAAUAGAAGUAUUGUCACCUCACACACAAACAGACAAUUUCCUCAGCCUCUCUACAGGAUCCUACUUAGAAAAGAAUGUUCGGCUGCUAAUGGCGACUGUUGACGAACUUUGUCAAGAUGCCAAUAAAUUCAACAAUCAUCUGCGCAAUGUAGCAAGGCAACAACAGCAGAAAGAAGCUUUCAUUCAGAGAAGGCAACUGGAAAAUUCCCAGAGGCAAAAUCGGGGAGACCCUCCUCUACAAGAUGAAGAUCUGUCAAAGAUAUUCAAGCCAUUGCAGUCACCAUCUCGACUUGAUUACCUUCUGUUAUCUCAACAAGUUAACACAUACAGUAAACAAGUGAAUCAAUUUGCUACUCACAGCUUUGGCAAGCUGUUUCUUGCUCAAGCUUUGCAGGAGAAUGAAAAAUAGAUUGUGUAUGGACUGAACUGAAAAAUAAAAACCAAUGUUAGCCUCUGA